AUGUCUGCCAUGACUGCGAUGGACCUCAAAGACUAUUAUGAAAGAGUUAUUGUCAACAACAAGAAAUGGUUUAUUUGUAAGACAUGCGAUGAGACGGAACUGCUUGAAGAAGCUAUGAUUACACACAUACGACAACAUUUGUUGCAUCCAUCCGAUGAUGAGAGCGAUGAAGAAUUAAUGUACGAACAAGAGAUUACAAGUAAUAACACAAGACAUCAAAUGAAUGACAACAGAAUACAAGAUAACUGGUUUGCGAGCGAAGAAUUGGAUGAAAGCGCAGAAGAGUCGAAUUCAACGGCAACUAACAGUUAUGCCAAUCAAAUGCGUGAUUCAAGUGAUAUGACAUCUGAAAAGGUAUUUAAAGUACAGAAAAUUGGUGACAGAAAUGUGUUUCGCGACCAAAAAGAAAGUCAUAGAUUGGAUAAGAAUUAUGUGGGAAUGCAGUCAUUGAAGAGAUUGAAGGGAUUUUACAAAAUGGAAGUAAUUGACAAUCAAAAGACAUAUUUCUGCGAAUAUAACAAGUCGUGUGGUUUUCGUGCAAAGCGGACACAGACUUUGGCACUACAUAUAAACUGCACGCAUAUAAAGGAACGCCUAUUUCGCUGCCGAAUCCGUGGCUGCGAUAAAGUCUACUUCAAUCCUAAUGCCCUCCGAAAACAUGAACUCAAUCAUAGAUGUGGUUUUGGUAUCGCAAAUGGCAAACAAAUGACCGGAAUUUGUGGCAAUCAAAGCAUUAAUCGUUUUCGUAAACGUAUUAUUGAAAAUGAUUGUCGACUUUAUAAAUGUAUUUUUAUGGACUGUCCAUUCAAAACACGAAAUCACAUGUCUAUCAAAGUACACAUUCAUGACCAACACCUCUGUCCGUUCCGAGUGAUGAUCACUGAAUGCACAACCGAUGCAGAUAUGCCUCACGAUAGCGAUCAACAAAUCUAUGCAGAAUCUGGUCAAACAACUGAUGAUCUUGCAGAUGAUGAUAGCAAUGAUGAACACAUGGAUGAAAUGAUGGAUCACCAAACAAACAGUGGAUCGCAUCAACAUAAUGAUAACACCAGUGAUUUUAGUUACACCGAUACUACUUAUGAUAAUUGUCUUAAGGAGUUGUCAUUCAUUCAAAAAAUAAGACCGUAUUUUAAAGCAAACGGCAAACAAUAUGUUUGUCUUAAAUGCGAAUUUAAUGCGAAAUCUCUUUCAGCAAUUGAAACUCAUUUACGGCUAAAACACUUCAUUCAAUAG